CUGCUGAAACUGUUGAAGAACGAGAAUUACGUCUUGAACAUAGGCGUAACAAUUGGAAAAAAAAAAGAACUACAGAAACCACUAAUAAAUAUAAUGAACACAAUUGUGAAUAUCUAAGCUCAGAAACUGAUGA